AUGAGCGCGGACGUGGUGAAAUUAACCUAUAAGAAGCGCGCGGCAAAGGCUUCGUUAACGCGGUUAGAGACGUACGUGGAGGGGAUAGAUCCCAUCGAGGUUGAGAUCGAGGAAUUAAGAUUGCGCAUAGAAAGGCUGGACGAAGCGUUUAAAACAUUCUCGGAUACGCAAAUAGAAAUCGCGGCUAACGAUGACACGAUAGCGGAUCAGGAUAAAGAAUCGGAGGAAAUUGAAAACAAAUACUUUCGAUUAAAGGGCGCGAUGGAAAGAAUCGUAAAUGAUAGAACGGUUAGAGCGGAUGAGGGAAUGUUAGAUCGCACAGUGAUACAGGCCAAUGGAGCGGUCAAUAAUGACGUCGGCAGAGCCUGCGUUCCAGCAUUCAACGCUCAAAUUAAACUACCGCGGAUAGAAUUGCCCAGAUUUUCAGGGGCAUAUGAGGAAUGGCACUCAUUCUAUGAUAUGUUCGGUUCAUUAAUUCAUUCAAAUAGAGAUCUUAACGAUACUCAGAAACUUCAUUACCUGAAAUCCUCCUUAAAAGGGGAGGCCGCCGAGGUCGUGUCGUCGCUAGAAAUGACCGGUGACAAUUAUAAAGAUGCAUGGGAUAGGCUUAGUGAGAGGUACGAUAACAAAAGGCUUACCGUUCAGAACCACAUCAGGGCUAUCUUUGACUUACCUGUCGUGAAAAGGGAAGACAGUGUCGUUAUCCGACAAAUAUUAGACGGAGUGUUAAAGCACACGAGAGCUUUACGCUCAUUGGACAGACCCAUCGAGCAUUGGGGCGACUUGUUAGUUCACAUCGUCACGAGCAAACUAGAUAUGAAGUCAAUAAAAGAGUGGGAGAACUCGAUCGAGUCCACGCGAGUUCCUACGUUCGAGGAGUUAAUAGAAUUUCUAAAAAAACGGUGCCAGACGUUAGAGGCGGUUUCGAAGGUAGGAAGGUCGAAUAGGGCCAACGCUAACUCGUUACAGGAUAAUGUGCAAAGGUCCAAAGGCUGUAACGUAGCCGCUACCAAAUUUAAAUGCUCAUAUUGCCAAGGAGAUCAUAGCGUUUACUCUUGCAAAGAUUUUAAGGGUCUAUCGGUAGACGAGCGCGUAAAAUAUAUAAAAUCAAAGGGUUGGUGUUUAAAUUGCUUGAAGGGCAAGCAUAUGGCUAGGGAUUGUUCGUUAAACGGAUGCAAAACAUGUAGCAAGCGGCAUAAUUCCUUACUGCAUCCAGAGAGUCCCAAGGGUGAAUCGAGCAGCGAAUCGAGCCUCGGAAAGGCUAAAGUCGUUGCAGAUAAAGAACAGGGGAACAGUGCGGCGUGUGGACAUGCCUGUUCCACGGAAUCAUACCGGUCGAGUCAAAUGUUGUUGUCUACGGUUUUGAUUAAAGUAAAGCAUAGCGAUGGUCAUUUUAUCCAAAUCAAAGCUCUUCUUGAUAGUGGGGCGGAAUCUAGUUUCAUAACGGAAUCUCUAGCGCAGCGUCUAAAACUCAGGCGUAAGGCUGCGCAUACAGGGUGA